UUCGGGUAGGUCGAUAUUGUUGUUUGACGGUUUGUUCGAUUUGGGUUGUCAUACAUACAUACAUGAUACAUCCGAGCUCUACCUUCGUUUACAGAUUAUUCUCAUGUUUUCCUCUUUUUGAUAAACAACGAGAAGGGAGUAAGGGACUCUCUUCUGAAGUCGCUUGGACAUUUUUGCCGCGGUUUUGAUGACGAUUGGGUGUUUGUGUUGCCCUUCCCGUGAGACAAGAGAUCAAACAGGAGAUCGAUGCUCUCAUCUCUUCCCUUGUCUCCCUGAUCCUGCUCGGCGAUCUUCAUGGGGUCUCAAAGUGGCUUUGGUGAUGCUUCAUAUCGUAUAUGUUGGUGUUAUCUUUUUAUUUGAUAGAGAUUUGAUAGAGAAAACAAGAAAAGAACCAUGGUACACUGCGCUGUUCCUGUCACUAUUUGUUGCAACACUUGUUCAGUACUUCUUCACAUCUGGUUCUUCUCCUGGCUACGUCAUUGAUGCAAUGAGGGCCGCUAAUGAGACACAUGCUAUAUUCGGGAAGACAUCAAUGACUUCAAAACAAUCUGCUUCAAGAACAAAUGGAAACUUGAUAAUCCAUGUGGAAGGAGACCAAUUUGGAAAAAGCGUUUCUAGAUCUAAUAGCACAUGGACGAAGCUUGUGAUGGAUUUUUAUCCUCCUGGAUCAUCCAUUAGAAGUUGGACUUGCACUUAUUGUAAUAUUGUGCAGCCUCCACGGGCAAAACAUUGUCAUGACUGUGACAAAUGUGUUCUUCAGUUUGAUCAUCACUGCGUUUGGCUUGGGACAUGCAUAGGCCAGGGUAACCACUGCCGGUUUUGGUGGUACAUUUUUGAAGAAACAAUAUUGUGCAUGUGGACUGGCGUCUUGUAUAUUAGUUAUUUGAAGGCCAAUUUUUCAAGGGCCUGGUGGAAAGAUGGAAUUGUCAUAUUGCUUUUGGCAACUUUGUCCAUUUGCUUAAUCUUUCUGCUCUUGCUUUUGCUAUUCCAUAGCUAUAUUGUUCUGACAAAUCAGACUACCUAUGAACUUGUGAGGAGACGACGAAUACCAUAUUUAAGAGGGAUUCCAGAGAGGGUGUAUCCUUUCAGUAAAGGCAUGUGCAGAAACCUGUACAACUUCUGCUGUGCUCGAAGCAGCCUAUAUACCAUUGAACCAUUGCCCACAUCACAGGAGCUAGAAGAGAAAUCAAGACCAUACACAUGCGUGGAUGUUUUGAAGUGUCGCUGUUGCUAAUCUUUAGGCUUUGGAUGGUCAUUUGUAAUUGUUUCUACUCAUUUUGUCUCUUCUGCAAGCUUGAAUGAUUCAUGGUUUGCGUGGUGGCUGUGGUAUAUGUUUUCUCACAUGGUUUUCUUCACCCUAAAGCACCUGUGUCUCCGUGAAUGUGCUUUUUGGAUAGGUUUCUGGUCCUAGCAAGUACGCUGAAUGACUCCUUAUGGCGGUUGUCUGAUGUUAGUGGUCUCAAUGCAGUAAGUAGCCUUUCACUGAGUCC